ACCAAAGCAAUAGUAGAGAGUAGAGAGUAGAGAGUAGAGAGUAGAGAGAGGCCACAAUGGCAAUGGCGCUUACCACGUCUUCUUCACUCUUCAUAUCCAAACACUCACCUUCCUCCUCCUCCUCCUCUCCAAGGACUACGCCCUUCCUCGGAUUUUCACUCGCCGUUUCCACCAAACCUUCCCUUCAAUCCAACCGACUCUUCUACAUCUGCUGCCAAGACAAAUCCUCUGCUAUACCGGCCGAACAGCAGUGGAUGUUUGAUGAUCUCACUGGUCCCGAUGUGUGGAAUAAAACAUGGUAUCCCAAGGCUAAGGACCAUAUUCCAACCAGCAAGACUUGGUACAUAGUGGACGCUAGCGACAAGAUUCUUGGAAGACUAGCUUCCACAAUAGCCAUUCAUAUCAGGGGAAAGAAUCUAGCUACUUACACUCCCAGUGUCGACAUGGGAGCUCAUGUUAUAGUGGUGAAUGCUGAGAAAAUUGCUGUAUCUGGAAAGAAGAGGACACAGAAACUCUACCGGAGGCACUCAGGAACACCUGGUGGCAUGAAAGUGGAAACAUUUGAUCAGCUUCAGAAGAGAAUUCCUGAAAGAAUCAUCGAGCAUGCUGUACGCGGGAUGCUUCCUAAAGGGCGGCUUGGAAGAUCGUUGUUUACCCAUCUUAAGGUUUACACUGGUCCAGACCACCCUCAUGAAGCUCAACAACCCAAGGAAUUGCCUAUAAGGGACAAGAGGAUAACAAAGCAGACAUAGGUGUUUACUUUUCUUUGAGGAAAUCGCUUAGAGACAACGUUUUCAGAUGUUUAUAUGGAUUCCAUCAUUCACUUCAGCUCUCAUGUGGCUGGGAGCACCCUCGUAACCAUUUUCCUGAGGCAUUUCAGCACAAUCAGAAUUGUUAUGAAGCUCUUUUGACUAAACAUUUUCAUGAUUAUACAUUUUGUACGUUAUGUCAGUCUAUAUUAUCAUUAUUAUCAUGAUUA